AUGAAACUUAUUUUGGCUGUUUUGUUCAAGGAAAGGCAAGCGAAGGACAACACAGAACACGAACUUGCCGUUGCUUUGGCCCGCCAUAGUCACCACUUAGCGCAAAUGCUUCGACUCAAGCAGGAGGAGCUUGAACACCAUUUCGACUUUCGUCUUCGCGAGGCCCUUGCCGAACAGAAGGCGGCUAUCGAGGGCGACAUCCUUCGUUGGAUUCGCCGCAUGGAGGCUAUCGAGCACGUCGUCGAUGGUCGCGCAGACAUAGAUCGCGUCGCUAAGCAGACUCAGGCUCUCUGGCUCGCCGUGGAGGCUCUUGCCUUCGCUCUAGAAAUGCCCUUUUCAAAAAUUGGCGCCUCAGGUCUCCCGGAGCGCCAGUUCAGUGACAUCAAACCGUUUUAUGUCAGUGAACCCCUCGGCCGUUUUGUAGACGCCGUCAAGGAGACUGCUGGAGAAAGACAUGAGUUCGCAAGUGUGGUUGCUGAAGGCAUUCCGAGAGAAGCACUUACCGACGGGGUGUGGACACGUCAGGGUCUUCUCCAACGAUUCAACAAGGCAAGCAUCUUUUCUGAACCUCCGGUCUACAAAACGUCUUGCAAUGUGGCAUUGGUGAGUGAAACUGGAGGCUCACUCUGGAACUACGCCAUCUCCUGGCUCCAAGCAAAGCUCCUCUUUGAUAGUCUUGGUCGUCGCCGAAUCAUCUCCCGCCUUCCCGGUCUCGGUUCGACACUCCUCACUCCGGAAAGCGAAAUCCUUGAGGACGGUCAGGCGCUGGACACUUUUUGCCUCCUGACGAGUGCUCGGGCGGCACUCAUGCCUGAGGUAGACGCACCUGUGCAUGUAGACCCCACAAACUGCUCGGACAUCGAAUUUGCCGUGCGUCUUCUCUCCCAGCUGAAGGGUCAACCCGCAGCUGUCGCCGCCGACUGGAUUCGUGACGCUCGACGCUUCCUCGAGGUCCAUCAGGCUGUCCAAGCACUCCUUGCUUAUGCCACAGCGCAAAAUUUUUCUGUUUUCGAUGAGAGGCUUUGA